AAACUACUCCGGACCCCGCACUUCUAUCCCAACAACAACACCACCCACUUGGAUACCCCUCUACCACCACAAUGGCCCUCAAACCCGGCGAUUCCUUCCCUUCCGACGUGGUCUUCCAGUACAUCCCCUGGACCGAAGACAGCGGCGAGAUCACCGCCUGCGGUAUUCCCAUCAACUACAACGCGUCCAAGGAAUGGGCCGAUAAGAAGGUCGUCUUGUUUUCUGUUCCCGGAGCAUUUACCCCCACCUGCUCGAUCAACCAUGUCCCAGGAUACAUCCAGAACCUCCCACAAUUGAAGGAGAAGGGAGUGCAGGUUGUUGCCGUGAUCGCGUCCAAUGAUUCCUAUGUGAUGAGUGCCUGGGGAAAGGCCAACAAUGUCAAGGGUGAUGAUAUUCUCUUCCUCUCCGAUCCCGACGCGCGUUUCUCCAACACCAUCGGCUGGGCCAAUGGCGGUCGCACCGGACGGUUUGCCAUUGUGAUUGAUCAUGGCAAGGUCACCUAUGCCCAGAUUGAGAUGGAGAAGGGGGUUGUUAAGGUGUCGGGUGCUGAUGCUGUCCUGGCUCAUCUGUGAGUGCAGCUAGGUACAGAGUAGUGUAGAAUGAACGCAAUAUUUCAUUCUCUUGUUAUAAGACUUGUUUGAAGUUUGAACGAGUAACCCAGAGUAGGCCUUUCCAGCUCUGGGGUACUGGUCCAUCAAACUGUGACUGAAAUAUAUAUAUAUUCUGGGAUGCAGCCGUGAAUGAUGUCGACGCAUGAAAUAGAGUAUCACAACCAAGUCCGCA